AUGGCUCAGAACUGUGGUCAAAGACUUGCUCCUCACGACCAAGUCCUGGCAUCAUACCUGGCACAGCUUGACCUUGGGGAUGACCAAGCUCAAAGUGCUCAUGCCGCUCCUGCCACUGCCACUGCCGCUGCCGCUGCCACAGCUGCUGUGCGUGGCAGCAAUGGGAGCAGCAUGAGCAGAAGCAGCAGUGACGGCGGUCUCGGUCGUGGCGGAAGCAUGGCAAGAGGAAGUCGAAGUGGUGUCAUGGUCAGAGAGGCAGCUGGUCCUUCCAUGACUGCCGGCGUCAACCAGCUCGUGUGUAUCGACACAGAACCUUCCAAUACCAGUACAACGGCUCAAACAAGCCAUGGCAGAGGCUUCGAGGCCAUGCGCAUGGUUUCUCAGCAGCGGGGUCAAGUUAUUCAAGCACCUCAUGAGCAAGCAAUUUCACGCUUUGCCAGAGAAUUCUACAACCUGCCCUCCAACUACGCUGGGGACCCAACAAACUUACGCAAUCAAAGUGCGCCAGUCGAGGAUGAGGAAAACACGGCGCUGUUCAUCACUGGGCUUCCGGCUAAUUGCACUCAUACGAUGCUGCUUAAAGCCAUGGCUUGUUGUGCCCCGGUGGGAAAAGUCUAUGCAACAGUCAUCAACGCCGCCGACCCAGCUACAGGGAAGCGCUAUGCAGCAGCAAAGGUGGUGUUUUUCAACCGUUCUGGCGCUGAGAAUUGCUUCCGAGCAAUCAAGCAGGGAAGACUUGUUGUUGGAGGACGCCGUCCCAGAGUUGUCUGGAACCGCAUCAAAUCAGCUGGACAGCCAGACACCAGUAACUCCAGAGUCGUCUUGAUCCGUGGCCCAUCUGAGCUGGUUAGGCGCGAUGUGCUGGGCCGUUGGUUCUCAGAGAAGUUCAGUUACCAUACUGAGGACGUCUUGGUUCGCCGAAUGCAAGCUGGCACUACGGUGCUUGAAUGGCGGUUUGGAAGCUUCCGAGCCCAAGCGGAGGCCGCCACGAUGUUCAUGAGUGAAAACGAGCUCGACGGCACAAAGCUGGAAUGGCGUUGGGGAGUGGACCCCUGUGCUUGA